AUGGGAAGGAAACGCAAGAACACCGAGCGCGCUGAAACUGACAAUGACAAUCCUUCCAAGAAGCGGCUGCCUGCAACGCCUUUGCCCGAAGGCGUUCAUCAUUACCAGAAUAUCGAGGAAGUUCCAUGGGACAUCCAAAAAUACUGGCAUCAGGGCUACUCGAUCUUCUCAAAAUAUGACGACGGUAUCUGGAUGACUGAUGAUUCAUGGUAUGAAGUCACCCACGAGUCGGUCGCAAACACAAUUGCACAACACAUAGCAGAGGCCGCACCACCGGGCAAGUCGAUCAUCUUCGACAUCAUGUGUGGCGUGGGCGGCAACACCAUCGCAUUCGCACUUUCCGGCAAAUGGAAACGAGUGUAUGCGAUUGAGAAAGACGCCGCUACCCUAGCCUGUGCCAAACACAAUGCCGAGAUCUACGGUGUUGCUGAUCAGAUCACCUGGUUCCAGGGAGAUUGUUUCGAGAUUCUAGGCUUGGGUGAAUCUAAAACGGGGAAUACUGUGGAAGCACUGAAGGCGAUUGCCAGCAGUUAUGGUGUCAUUUUCGCCAGUCCCCCGUGGGGAGGUCCUGGAUACCGAGAAGCUGAAGUCUUCGAUAUCGAAGCGAUGCAACCAUACUCUUUCAGCCAUCUCUACGAGUCCCUCAAGACGCUGACGCCCAACGUGGUGUUGUAUCUACCGAGAACUAGUGACCUGAGGCAAAUUGCGAAAGUAGUAGGUGAGGAUAAGAAGACUCAGAUUGUGCAUUACUGCACCAAAGGCAGCAGCCGUGCCCUGUGUGCAUACCUGGGGGAUUGGGGGCUGCUGAAAUUGGGAGACUUGUGA